UUCUUCUUUGUACUCGCUGCCUGAGCGAGCUGCCUAUAAAACUGAAAUUCAUUCCUUUCAGUUGCAUUAACGCUGCUGAAUACUGAUUCCUCAUCUCUCUCUCUCUUUCUCCUUCUCUCACACACUCUCUCUCUCUUUCCUUUUUACACUCUCACUAGUGAAAGGGACCGUGUUACAAUGGCUUGGGUUUCGUUACCAUUGGUGGGUUUGUUGUUGGUUUGGUGGUGGAUGGGUUUUGUAACGGUGAAAGCCGAUUACAUCAAGUACAAAGAUCCAUCCCAACCACCGGCUGCUCGAGUUGGAGACCUUCUUAGUAGAAUGACUCUUGAAGAAAAGAUUGGUCAGAUGGUGCAGAUUGAUAGGAGUGUUGCCUCUGUUGAUACUAUGAAAACUUACUCCAUUGGUAGUGUAUUGAGCGGUGGUGGCAGUGCACCACUUCCAGAAGCUAGUGCUGAAGACUGGGUUAACAUGAUUAAUGAAUUUCAGAAGGGAGCUCUAUCUAGUCGUUUGGGCAUUCCAAUGAUCUAUGGCAUUGAUGCUGUUCAUGGACACAAUAAUGUCUAUAAUGCUACAAUAUUUCCGCAUAAUGUUGGGCUUGGAGCUACCAGGGACCCUGAUCUGGUACGAAGAAUUGGUUCUGCAACUGCUCUUGAAGCCCGAGCUACUGGGAUUCCUUAUGUAUUUGCUCCAUGCAUUGCGGUAUGUAGAGAUCCAAGAUGGGGUCGAUGUUAUGAAAGCUACAGUGAAGAUCACAAAAUUGUGGAGGAAAUGACAGAGAUUAUUCCAGGUUUGCAGGGAGAUAUCCCUGCUAAUUCUCGUAAAGGAGUGCCAUAUGUUGGUGGAAAGAAAAAGGUUGCAGCUUGUGCAAAGCACUUUGUCGGUGAUGGUGGGACAAGCAGGGGCAUUAAUGAGAACAACACUGUGACUGACCGGCACGAGUUGCUUAGCAUCCACAUGCCUGCCUAUUCUGAUUCGAUCAUCAAGGGCGUCUCAACCGUGAUGAUUUCCUACUCCAGUUGGAAUGGGGAUAAGAUGCAUGCAAACCGUGAUCUAAUUACGAACUUCCUCAAGGGCACCCUUAAAUUUAAGGGUUUUGUUAUAUCGGAUUGGGAGGGUAUUGACAGGAUUACCUCGCCACCACAUUCAAACUACACAUACUCUGUCCAAGCUUCAGUUCUAGCUGGAAUUGACAUGGUCAUGGUCCCUUUCAAUUAUAAAGAGUUCAUUAAUGAUCUCAUUAACCUUGUCAAGACUAACGUGGUUCCAAUGGAUCGUAUUGAUGAUGCUGUGGGAAGGAUUCUACUUGUCAAGUUCACCAUGGGUCUCUUUGAGAACCCUUUGGCUGAUCUCAGCCUAGUCAAUGAGCUUGGAAGCCAGGCUCAUAGAGAUUUGGCAAGGGAGGCUGUCAGAAAAUCCCUUGUGCUUUUGAAGAAUGGGAAAAGCAAGAACAAUACAGAUCCCGUCAUACCUCUUCCCAAGAAGGUGUCCAAAAUUCUAGUUGCCGGCGGUCAUGCUGAUAAUCUGGGUUACCAAUGCGGUGGAUGGACAAUGGCAUGGCAAGGAUUCAGUGGCAACAACUAUACAAGCGGGACUACGAUUCUUGGUGCUAUAAACUCAACAGUUGACUCAAGCACAGAAGUUGUCUACAGAGAAAAUCCUGAUGGCAAUUUUGUUAAGUCCAACAACUUUGCAUAUGCUAUUGUUGUGGUUGGUGAGCACCCUUAUGCUGAGACUUUGGGAGACAGCACAAAUCUAACAAUGGCGGAACCUGGCCCUAGUGUCAUCAGCAAUGUGUGUGAAAGUGUCAAGUGCAUUGUUAUCUUAAUUACUGGCAGACCUAUCGUAAUUGAACCAUACAUUUCCUCGAUUGAUGCUCUGGUGGCAGCAUGGUUGCCAGGCUCUGAAGGCCAAGGUAUUACUGAUGUCCUUUUUGGCGAUCAUGGAUUCAGCGGAAAGCUUGCAAGGACAUGGUUCAGAACUGUAGAUCAACUCCCAAUGAAUGUUGGGGAUUCACACUAUGAUCCACUUUUCCCGUUAGGGCAUGGACUUGCAACUGAGUCAGUCAAGCAGCUUGUAGCGAGGUCAACCUCAGCUGGUGCUGUUGCAAGGCCAUGCAUAUUUGUCGUCGUGGUUGCUCUAAUUCUGAGCUUAUAGUUUAGAGGUGUAGUUUUGGACACAGCUUAUGCUUAUGGACCACGGUAGAAGAAGGAAGGGAAAAGCUUGAGGAACCUCUGCUGGAUUUGACAUUAGGUUUGACUUCAAUGUCGCUACUUUUGAGUUAAUUAGAAAAUUUAUAAGCAUUCAUUGUCGAGCCAUUUUAACGAUUACAUGUAGAAGCUUUGGCUAAUACAUUGAAUUUUUAAUUUAUUUUUUUUUGUUUUU